AUGAUGAAGCUUACUGUUGCUUUCCUCGCCGCCCUCGCGGCCGCCGACGCUGCUGAGGCUCGCUCCACCCGCCAGCAGCGCCGCCAGUACGGCACCGGCGACAGCUACGGCAACGGCUACGGCACAAAUGAGGUCUCCUCAGUUUCUGCUGUUUCCUCGGCUCCCAUUGUCUCCUCAGUCCCUGCUCCCAGCAUCCCCGCUGUCAGCACUCCUGCUGCUGAGACCGUCUCCUCCCCCAUCAGCGGUGGUGUCUCCACACCCCCUGCUGUCCCCAGCUCCACCCCUCUCGCCGUCGAGAGCCCAAGCCACGCUCCUGACGUCCCCGCCUCGUCUGCUCCUGCUGCCCCUUCCAGCGCCCCUCUCGACUACGGCAACGGCUACCCCGUUCCCUCCGCCCCCGCCGGCGGUGUUUCCAGCCCCGUAGUUGUCCCCAGCCUGAGCACACCCGCUGCUGAGACCACCCCUUACGCUCCUGGCGUUCCCUCCAACUCAGUUCCUGAGGUCCCCGCCACCAGCACCCCUGCUGCUGAGACCACCCCUCACGUCCCCGCCACCAGCACCCCUGCUGCUGAGACCACCCCUCACGUUCCUGGCGUUCCCUCCAGCUCCGUUCCUGAGGUCCCCGCCUCGUCCGCUCCCGCUGUCCCCUCCAGCGCUCCUCUUAACUACGGCAGCGGUUACCCCGUUCCUUCUGCCCCCGCUGGCGGCAAGAGCUCCACUCCUCUCGGCGCUGAGAGCACACCUGCCUUCGGCAUCCCCUCCAGCCACAUCUACGCCCCUACCGGCGUUGUCGGCACUGGUGUCUCUACCCCUCUCGCCUCUGAGGGCUCCAAGACUUUCCACCCCAGCGGUGGCAUCCCGACCGGCACCGGUCCUCGCCCCACUGGUGUCACUGCCUUCCCGUCUGGCACUGGCUCUGGCAACUACCCCGGAAACACCCCCGUGAGCGACUACGUUACCUCGGUCAUCUACAGCACCCAGAUCUUCACCGUCACUGCGUGCCCCUCGACCGUCUCUGACUGCCCCGCUCGCUCGACCUCGCUCGUCACCAGCGUCAUUGCCGUCGGCACCACCGUCUGCCCUGAGGCCGAUCUGACCAAGGCCACUCCUGCGCCUUCGGCUCCUUCGGCUCCCGCCUCCAAGGAAGAGGUCCACACCAGCUCGUACCCCGUCUCUGAGGUUCCCUCCGUUGUCACCGAGACUCUGGUCUACACCAUCGGUACUGGCUCGUCUGCUCACCCAGUCACCACCGAGGUCGUCUCCACCUCCACCAAGACUAUCUACUCGACUGUCAUUGUCACCAAGGAGAAGCCUUCCUCGACCCAGCCCGCUGGCUCCUACCCCACCGGCCCCGCUGGCGGUGAGGGCAAGCCCUCUUCCACUCCCGCUGCCGAGAAGGACUCUUACCCCACCGGCCCCGCCGGAGGUGAGCAGACUGGCACCACCACCCUGAAGUCCACCCAGACCCAGACCCGCUACGUCACCGUCAAGCCCACUCCUUCCGGCUCUCCCGACGUCCCCGUCGGCGAGAAGGGUGUGUCCACCGGCCCUGCUGGCGGCGAGAACGCCUACCCUACUGGCCCUGCCGGUGGCAACACCGUUUCCACUCCCGCUGGCGAGCAGAGCACCCCCACCGCCCCUGUUGGUGGUGAGGACUGCGCCGCUCCCGUCACCGUCACUGUUACUGCUAAGGAGACCGUCACCGUCACUGCUGAGGAGAACACUGCUACUCCCGAGUCUGAGAAGCCCACUGCCCCCGCCGGUGGUGCAAGCUACCCUCCUACUGCUCCUUCUUCCAUCCCCGCUGGUGAGAUGUCCCACCACACUGGCCCUGCUGCUCCUUCUUCCACCCCUGCCGGUGAGGUCCCCUACCCAACUGGCCCUGCUGCUCCUUCUUCCACCCCUGCCGGUGAGGAGUCCUACCCAACUGGCCCUGCUGGCGGUAUGUCCACUGGUGCUCCCUUCCCCACUGGCAACGGCACCGUCCCUCACCCCGCCGGUCCCACUGGUUUCUCUACUCUGACCAAGCCUGCUCACCCCACCGGCACCGGCGCCGUUCCCAGCGAGACUUUGCCUUCCUUCUCCUUCGUCUCUGAGAUCCCAUCUCCCUCCGCUCCUGCCUCGACUCCUUCUGUCGAGACCCAGGUCCCCAAGCCCUCGACCCCCGCUGGUGAGGAGGCUACCUCUAGCGCUGUUGAAUACCCUGCCUACCCAACUGCCCCUGCCGGCGGUGAGGCCAAGCCUUCUUCCACUCCUGCUGCUGUAGAGUCCCCCUCUGCCCCGGCUGCUGAGUACCCUGCGUCCACACCUGUGGCCGCUGUCUCCACACCCGAGGCCGCCACCUCUACACCCGCUGCCACCCCCACCGCUGGCUCCGACUACGGUUCCGGCUACGGCACCUACUAA